AUGAUAUGGCUCGGCAUCAGUUCCACAGCUAGUCUGAUAGUCCAGUCAGUUCACGACCAUUGCUGGAAACUUUCCAGCAAAGAUCUGGUCAUCAUAGGUUUUCUAGCUGGCUGUCCGCUGGCCCUUCUGCUAUCCAGCAACCUCGCGUUGUUGUACAUCAGAAUGAACCACAGAAGGAGAUUCGUCGCUACAUUUUUAUUUAAUGUAGCUCUGGGAUUAGCCUUUUUUGUCGCACUUAUUUUAUUUCUCAUUAUGGUCGUUCCGACUGAGGAAACGUGGAAAGCCAAGUAUGUCAAUGAAGAUCAUCAGAUAUGGCUUCCGAUCCAGACGUGUUUGGAACAACGGAAUUUUUGCCGUUAUUUCCCGAAAGUUGACGGCUGCUGUCAGAGGCCUUCAAAUUGCAAAGGUCAGAAAUUAACCCAGGAAGAAGACUGCUCAAAAUGGCGUUUAAAAAGUCGAACCUCGUGCUACUCCUGUAAAGAGUGCAAGUCUGCUAUUUACAGUGGAAUCAAACCUCAUGGGGGCACAGUAGAACAAGCUUUGAUAGUUUUUGCCGUUGCUGCGCUUUUUGUUGUGAUUUUCCAGGUGGUCAUAUUUUGGAAGGGCUGGGACGACAUAGAAAGGGACGAGUGGUGA